UCUUUCGUGAACUCCGAUAUUUGACGUUUUAUAUCAUUAGUUGUGUUUUUUCCAAGCUUUGUGGUCGGUAAAAUAAUAUUCUUUAUCUUUUUGGAAUAAAACAAAAUAAGUUUUUAUCAAAAAAUAUAAUCUCUUCAAAAUUCCCAGCAACUGAAUUACAGACAAAAUUAUGGCUACCGAUAUUUUAAUGGCCCAAGAUAAUGUUGAAGGAACUCAUGCUGAGACCAGAAAUCAAUUGGAACAGUUUACCAUUCUUGCAAAAACGGCCCAUGGAGCCGCAUGUUUGGAACUAAUAAAGCAAGUUUUAGAAGCACCAGGAAUUUAUGUAUUCGCCGAACUUUUGGUCAUGCCAAAUAUCAUUGAGUUACAAAAUGGUCCUAAUGCAAGAUACUAUAGUACUCUCAAUCUUUUUGCUUAUGGAACCUACAAGCAGUACUCUCAGAAUCCAUCUGAAUAUCUUGAGUUGACAACAGCCAUGCGAAAGAAGCUCCAACACUUGACAAUUGUUUCAUUAGCGAUCAAGAACAAGUGUAUUCCCUAUAGUGUACUUUUGGAAGAAUUGGAAGUCGAGAAUGUACGUCAUCUCGAAGAUGUUAUCAUUGAAGCAAUUUAUGCAGAUAUAAUUCAUGGAAAACUUUUUCAAAACAAUAGGUUUCUCGAAAUUGACUUUGCACAAGGAAGAGAUAUUCCACCUGGUUACACAACUAAAAUUGCUAAUACAUUACAGGAAUGGUCAGAUGCUUGCGAUGCUAUUUCCAAGUGCAUUGAAGAGCAAAUUAAUCGAGCUAACUCUGAAAAGGCUAAACGUUUGAAGAACAAAGAGCGCAUAGAUCAAGAAUUGAUUAAUCUAAAAAAGACUUUAAAAACCCAACUCAACGAAUCUGAUGAUGUUAUGCAAACAGAAUCACGUGAAUCAUCUACAAGUCACGAAGCUCGUAAAAAAACAUGUAAAUCAAAGACAGCACGUCCUUCUGGAUCUUUUAAAUUUUCAUCGCUGGGAAAGUAAUACAAAAUUAUUUAAUAUCACCGCCUCUCAAUUGGAUUUCGAAAUAUUUUUUUAAUGGAUCCGAAUUCUGUAAAUGGAAGGAUGUGUCAUCUUUUUUUAUUAUUAUUUGUAAUUCUCUUUUGAAAUGUUUUUUUUUUUUCGUUAACUC